CCAGAAGAAAGAAACACAACAAUCCUUCCUUGCGAACACCAAUCCGACCGAACACAGCAUUGUCAUAAGUGACUAUUCGAUUCUCUGCAUCACCUAGGCGGUGCAGUCCGAGUGGGAAACUGUUCGAUUAUCUAGUUUUCAUUGAUCAAGGCUACGGUGGUUGGACACAAGUCACACAAUCUGUAAAGAAUUGAAUAAUGACAUUGGUUUGAUGUUGUAAUGAAUAUCUGUGUUUUGGGAUGGUUAGGGCUUGCUUUUUUCGAUUUCAACUGGUUAUUUUUUGUGGGGUUUUCAAGUGCUUUCGUGUACCACCGUAUUUAUUCAGAAUACUGAUGUUGGACUUCGGGGAGGGUAAGUUAGGGUUAGGGUUUUGGGGUUAGGGAUAAGUUAGUAGGGUUACAAUUAGGUUUAGGGCUGGCUUAGGGGUGGGGUUGUGGAGAUGGACGAGAAUCCUGAGGUUGAAGAAGGAGAGGCAUGCUAUGAUAAGAAGGAUGACGAUGACAAAAUCAUCGACCCUGAUGUUGCUCUUGCUUACAUUGAUGAAAAAAUUCAAAAUGUUUUGGGGCACUUUCAAAAGGAUUUUGAAGGUGGAGUUUCUGCAGAGAAUUUGGGGGCAAAAUUUGGUGGGUAUGGCUCCUUCUUACCUUCCUACGAACGUCCUCCUUCUAUCUGGUCACACCCCAAAACUCCACAGAGAGACUUAAGUACACCAAGAUCUCCAGGCAAUUUACCCUUGGAGGGUGCCUCACAGACUCCGAAAGCUCCUGCAAGUGAACCCCAAUCCUCAAUGAAUCAGACUGUUUCCUGUAGCAUCCAUGCAUUGCAGACGGGUUUCCCAUCUGGAGAUGCAUCAGUCAAGCAAGAUUUGUGCAUGCAUUCUUCUAAAGUUGCUCAGAAGACUACCACGAAGGAUGAGGAUUCUGACGGACUAUUCAACCCAACCAAGAAAAGUUCCCUGAAGGUUCGACUAAAAGUAGGUUAUGAUAACAUGGCAUGGAAAAUACUUUAUAAUAAUCUCGGACUGGAUAACUCUCCUUCAUCAUCACUGCGAAGCAGUCCUGAGGAUAUUGGUGGUGUUCUGCCUCUACCUGAAGAGAUCACCGAUGAAUCUCCAGCUAGCAUUCUCCAGGCUAUGACUUCAUCUCCAGUCCCGGGGGGUGUAUUGCUUUCUCCUCUUCAUGACAGUCUGUUUUCCGCGGUGAGAAACAAAGGACUGUCUAGAGAUGGGAAACAUAAGCUGUCUCUCAAAGGCAGUCAAGAAUAUUCUGCCUUGUCUUUGGGUGGUUCAGUUGCUACUUUGAGCAAUGGUAAACAAUUUAAGGAGAAAAAAGCUAAAUUGGUGGGUAGGAGUGAAACACCAGUUGAGCUGAAGCAUAGGGAUAGGCUUGGUUCUGGUGAGGAUGAUACAGCUUCUCUGAAGGGAAAAUUAGAAAAUGAAGAUACAUUGGACAAGGAAAUUCCAUAUAAAGGUUUGAAACGAGAGCCUUUAUUUAAUUUAGUAGAUUUUGGUGGUUCUGUAAAAACAGCUGGUAAGGCAUCUGAAAGUUCUGGCGGGGCCUAUAAGGAUGUGAUGAGAGACAAAUUGUUAUCGUCUGCUGUGGUGAAGGAGCACUCAGCGGAGUCCAUUUCAACUUCGAGAGAGGACCAUGGCCAAUGUUCAAAGAGAAAUUUUCAGAAUAGAUCAGUGGAGAAGAGUCCAGAACAUAGAAUGGUAAAUCUCCGUAAGGAUGUUUCAGUUGAUCUAAGAGAUGGUGCCAAGUGCAUGGGUAACAACACCUUCUCACAUUUUAAAGCUUCCACAAAUUCGUCCAAAUAUAAGGACAGACUUGAAGUCGGAUCAACAUCUCCUCCAACGCAGAAGGUUGGCCAGAAAGCUAGAUUUUUUGCACAGGACGAGAUUAGCUUGCCCUGUAUGAAGAGUAAGCCUUUGCCCUCUAUGAAGAGUAAGGCUUUGUUGGAGGGCACUAAAAAGACGGUUAUCCCUAGCAACAGAAAACCUGCUGCUGUUUCAACAAAGGAAAUCACAGAUACGGAUGAGGGUGUAGCUCCUAAGCAUACAAUGAACACUGCAUAUAAAAUUAAGAUGCUCAAGUUGAACAAUCCGAAGAAUAUUAAUAAGGUCAAAGACACAUUUAAAAUUUUUCCUUACAUGAAGUUGGAACAGAUGAAUUAUCAGACAGGUUCAUUGGAGAGGUGUUCUGGAGAUAAGUCUAAUGACUCUGGAACUGGUGACUUAGAGAUAGCGCAGUCUUCAUGUUUGCUUACCCCAAAGCGGAAAUUUGAUGGUAAAAGAGUUGUCGACCGGCCUAUUUCCAGGGAGUCCAUCAAAGAUGCCCCGAAAAUUGUGCCUCAUAUUGCAGAAAGUGAACAUGCUUCUGAGGCAGUACCGUCACCUGCUAAACCUGCAGAUUUAAAAGAUGACUGGGUUUGUUGUGAUAAUUGUGGGAAGUGGCGUCUGAUUCCUUAUGGUAUCAAUUUGGAGCAACUCCCGGAAAAGUGGAUGUGUAGUAUGCAAGACUGGCUGGGACCUGGAAUGAAUCGUUGUGACAUCAGUGAGGAUGAGACUACAAAAGCAGUCUCUGCAUUGUAUCAGCUUCCUGUCCCUGAGAGUCAAACUAACAUGGAACAUCAAGCUAAUGGAACUUCAAUUGGAAUUCCCUUGGUCAAUGCCCAAUGUCUUGACCAGAGCAAACAACGUCUUAAGAAUCAUGUUGUGACAAUCGGAGGAAAGAAGAAGGAUGUUCCGAGGCACGCUGAAAGAAUCGAAAGUAGCCUGAAAUGGAAAUCGAAAUCUGCAAAAAACCAUCUUCGGGAACCUGUGAAAAGCAUAAGCUUAAAAGACAUGAACCAACCUCAUGCAGAAUCCAAUGUCAUGAAAAAAUCUAGUUACCACAAUUUGAGUCAAUCACAGAAUUUAAUUGCAGAAAAGCGCAUCUCAAAACUUGAGGAUAUUCGUACAAAUGGAGCAGGUAAGGCUAAGCAGGUAAUGAUGCAAACCAGGGGGGAAUCUGAUCAUUAUGGACAUGGAACAAUUAAGAAGAUUAAGAUAGAAAAUAGAAGCCGUGCUGGUGAAAAUCAGAAUUUAAAAAUUGAUCAUGGAAGGUUGGGUCUCAAUUCGAGUACUGGUUUGCCAGCUAAAUCAGGCAGAAAAAAUGUGCAGAAACACAACCAGUACUUCGAUAUUGAGGAGUUGAAAUGUGACGUAAAGGAUAGAUUGCUAGGAUCAGUAAAGAAAUCGGGUGGCCAGGCUCAGGUAUUCAUGGAUGGUGGAUCGGUGAAUAUGAAAACACACAAUGAAUUGGAUCUAUCUGUUAAGAAAAGGAAGUUGAAGGAAUGGCAGGACUCCUACAAUAAUGUUCAGAAAAGUGAAAUAUAUGCAAAGGAAGAAAGUAGUGAGAGCGGAUAUAGGAAGGUAAAGAAAUUUAAGGUCUUGAAUACUACACGGAAGGAGUCUGGUGAAAGCAAAAAAGGUAAAGUGAUGCAAAUUUUAGCGAAAGGCAGUCAAGGAAAACCAGCAGACGGUACCGUAGAAGGAGUCGGAAGCAUGAAUAAAAGUCAGCAACCCUAUAACAAAAGAAGAAAACAGGUAUCUGAACAAAUCUUGGCUGGUGUAGAUUCAAUGAGAAGAGAUUUUAGACCCGAACAAGUUUCGGUGGCAGCCACUUCAAGCUCUUCAAAGGUUUCAGGUUCUCAUAAAACUAGAGCAAUUUUUGAAGAAGUUAAAGGCUCGCCAGUAGAAUCAGUUUCCUCUUCUCCUUUGAGGACCUCACAUGUGAAAAAGACUACAUCGGCACAGUUGGAUAAUGUAGUGAAAAAUGAGGCCAUAAAGUGUGGCCUUCACGCAGUUAGGGAGUUCAAGAGAUGCCUCAAUGGAGAAGGUAAUGCUGAGAAUAAUGGAUCUGCUAUAACAAGAAAGGAUAGGUUAGAUUACCAAGUUGGAGAUAUUAAUUGCAAAAUCAGUGGCAUUGCAAGACUUCCUUCAGAUUUGCAUAGUGGUGAUACUGAUGUUUUAGAACAUUGCCCCUUCCCUGGUGAUCUGCAACCUGGUUAUGAUGAAGAAAGAGUGGAGAACCACACUAAGGUGACUUUUUCAUGGAAAUCUGGCAAGGGUAAUGCUGUGCUGUCGAAGGAUGGCCAGAGUCCCACAUCAGAUUUUGAAAGAGAUGAGAUCAAGAUUUUCAAUUCUCCGAAAAUUCAAGGAGAUUUUUCUUUCAACAAGAGCAAUAAAUAUGAGUCAGAAGACCAUCAUCAGCCCUUUCAUGAAACAAAUAAUGAUGUCAAAAACAAUAAUUCUGAUAAGUCCAGCAUUAAAUGUAGCAGGGAAGAGAAACAUGAAGCUAGCAUUAGGGAUUUUGUAGGACAAUUCUCAAUUCACAGCAGAUUGAAAGAAAAUCGAUUGAAUCCAGAAGGGCAGGAUGAUUCAGACAAGAAGUUGGAUGCUAUAUGCAGCACGAAUGGGGUGAAUGACCUCCAGCACGCCAUUCAGGAAUUUGAGGAUGAAAGCAAAGGUGAUCUGAGACACUUGGGACCAAGAAAUGCUUUGUCCAAAUCGGGGUCACUUUAUGAAGAUGGAAGUAAACAAGAAACACAGUGGAACCGACCAGACCCUAAAUUACAGCUUGGAGGAUUGGUUGAAGGUUAUCCAGUUAGUGCCUCUGACGAUGGUGAUACUUCAAAGGCACUAAAUCACCGCACAAAUUCUGGUACAAAAAAUGAAACUCGCCACAGUUUGGGACAUAGCAUACCUGAUUCUAGAAGGGUCAGGGAUUCUAAUGGUUCAGGUCACGGGAGAAUGAUUUCCUCCAGUCAGGCUGCUAAUAACGCCCUGAAGAAAGCCCAGUAUUCUAGAGACUGUGCAGAUCGUCUUAAGAGCUCUGGGUUUCCUUUUGAAAGUAAUGAGGCUUACUUCCAAGCUGCCUUAGAGUUUCUGCAAGGAGCUUUUCUUCUGGAAACUUGCAAUAGUGAGAGUGGCAAACAUGGGGGGAUGACUCAGGUGCAAGUGUAUUGUACUACGGCUAAACUUUUUGAGUUUUGUGCCCGUGAAUAUGAAAGAAGGCAAGAAAUGGCUUUUGCAGCUUUGGCUUAUAAAUGCAUGGAGGUGGCAUACAUGAGGGUAGUUUAUUGUAAACAUUCUAGUAUGAGUGGGGUACAGAGCGAGUUGCAAGCGACUUUGCAAAUGGCUCCUCAAGGUGAAUCCCCUUCAUCCUCUGCUUCAGAUCUUGAUAACUUGAAUAAUCAACCAACGACAGUAGAUAAGGCUACACCAUCCAAGGGCGCAGUUCCUCAUGUGGCUGGAACUCAUGUCAUUGUUGCUCGGUCCCGACCAAAUUUUGUACGGAUGCUUGACUUUACACAGGAUGUAAAUUUCGCCAUAGAGGCCUCAAUAAAAUCUGAGAAUGCUUUCAAGGAAGCUAAUUUAACUCUGGAAAUGGCAAAGAAUAGAGUGUGCAUUACUUCUAUCAAGAAGGUUGUUGACUUCAGCUUUCAAGACGUGGAAGGACUCAUACAUCUCGUUCAACUUGCAAGGGAGGCCAUUAGCCGCUCUGGUUUUGGUGGUGCUGGAGAGUAAGUUAAUCGAUACUGUCUUUCUGGCUAAUUUUCGAAGGGGUAAGCAUCAGAAGGAAAGUAGCGAAGAUGCCAUUCAGAUCUGUGCUUUGAAGUUUGAAACUGCAAAGAAGUGAUCACCACAUUUCUGUACAUGUGUACAAAGUGAGAUUGAUUUGCCAAUUUUGUACUGUAGUUUUUGAAUAUUCCGCUUGUCCUUGAUGAGAAUAAGGACACAGUAUGCUCACCUUUAAUUAAGUUUCUGGGUUAGGACUUAGGAGAAGUGGAAAAGAAUUCUUACUUGUUCGGUUACAUAAUUUGGAGUUUAUGUGGCAAGCCAGUUUAAUGUAUAUUUUUGGUUCCAUUUGUUGGGAGCUUGAGGUGAACAAAUAUUUUCAGAGAUUGAAAACAUUAGGCAACCAUUUUUAAGGAGGUUGAAUAUUGAUAUAGUAAUUAAUGGUCAGUUUGCUGUCCAACCUUUCUAUUUUGCUCCCAUUUAUUUAAAAUGACAAUAUAAAUGACUUGAAUUUUUAGAGCAAAUUUCCUUUUUACUCAUAGAAACGUCAAACAUGAGCUUUUUCUAACAGGGUUCCCUCUUAGAGGAACAAUUUUAUGUCUGCAGGUAACUAUCAUAUAUUUUCAUUGUCCGGGAGUUUAUUUUUUGGGUCCCCUGCUUUUAAAUACAUCUGACUGGUUGUUGCUUUUGUGUAGGUUGUAUCAUUGUGCUUCAUUCUGGUUCUUCUGGAAUCGUGUUAUAAUAUGCAAUACAUAUAAGAAGGAUUUGAAUUUUCUGCAAUGAUGUCUAAAGAGUAGUUUCCUUCCCAAGGUUUGUUAAGAUUUUUAGUUAUAUUUCAGUAUAUCAUCAUUUCUUUGGUCCUAUUACCUUCUUCCUGUCUUUUCAGUUUACUUUAACAUGGACUGCAGGGGAUAUUUCGUUUUAUUGUUGGCCUUGUUGUCGACAGCAGGGUAGUCAGAAACUUUAUACACGAUGGAUUUUUAUGUGACUUAAAGAAAUAAUCUGUAGCAGCCAUGCGACUGAUUAUUUCUGUUAGAGCAUUUUGAGUUUGGUACUCACUCUGUACAUUUAUCACCAUUAAUGUGGAAGAUGCAAGUUAGCUCAUUGGAGUGUGGAUAGUUUUGUACAAAGUUUCAUGUUAUUAAGUUGAAACUGGCUGGGACCCUACCUAGGGAAAGGCGGUACAUGGCCUUGAACUAAAGUGACUUUGGCAUGAGCAAAUAAGAGAUUGCUUAAAGGUUGCCAGUUGCCACAAUCCGCUCACUGUUGUUGCUCAGCUGUGAAGGAUGGAGAUCCAGUACACUAAUAUUACUGCCACUCUGUGGGAGACAAUUUUGGCCCUGCAAAGUCUUGAAUUUUUUUUUGUGGAUAUGGAUGGCACAAUGAUGAUGGAAGUGUGUGGACACAAUGGCUGGAUUCUGACUCACUUGAAUAGGAUGCAUUCUUUUAGCAGAAGUAAUUUAUUUUAUUGCAAUGGGAUCUGUACAUACUCAUUUAGAAACAAUGAGCUUAUACCUGUAACCCUAAAGAAUACUCAGUUGUUUCCUAAAUCCCUAAUUAUUUGUAAUCUGUUGAAAGAAUAUGUGAGACAAUUAUUUGGAUUUCAAUUUAUUUUGACAAAGUUUGGG